UAAUUUCGUGAUGACAUUCCAGCCUGUUUGCUGAAGUUCGCUCACACUGGAGCAGUUUGGGAAUCUGCUGGAAAACACGUGAAAGCUCAGUUUUUCAUCAUGCCAAACUGGGGUGGAGGAAACAAAUGCGGCGCCUGCCGUGGGACGGUGUACCACGCUGAAGAGGUCCAGUGUGACGGGGGGAGUUUUCACAAGUGCUGCUUCCUCUGCAUGGUCUGUAGAAAAGGGUUAGACAGCACCACAUUGGCCAUCCAUGACCAGGAAAUCUACUGCAAGUCUUGCUACGGUAAAAAGUACGGCCCGAAAGGAUACGGCUACGGUCAGGGAGCAGGAACGCUCAAUAUGGACCGCGGCGAGAGACUGGGCAUCAAACCAGAAGAAACCCAAACUCACCGACCCACCACCAACCCAAACCCGUCCAAGUUCGCGCAGAAGUUCGGCGGCUCGGAGAAGUGCGCUCGCUGUGGAGAGUCUGUGUACGCCGCAGAGAAGGUGAUGAGCGCUGGGAAGCCGUGGCACAAGAACUGCUUUCGCUGUGCCAAAUGUGGGAAGAGUUUGGAGUCGACCACUCAGACGGAGAAAGAUGGAGAAAUCUACUGCAAAGCAUGUUAUGCAAAGAACUUCGGACCAAAAGGAUUUGGAUACGGUCAGGGAGCAGGAGCUCUGGUUCACGCUCAAUGAUAGUCAGGACUUUGCAUGUUUCUUUACUAUUAUAAACACAAGGUUGUUACUCAUUUCAAAAGAAGAGAAUGAUUAUUUUGCAUAAAGAAAAAGGAAAAUUAAGAUAAAGGCCGUUAAGCGUUAUAUUUUCAUGAAAAUUAAGCACAUUUCCUCUCCAA